AUUAGGUAAAAUGUGUGUUUAUAUUUUUGUUUUAUUCAUUUAUUUUUGCAAAAUUAAAUAAAAUGUCACUUUUAUGAAAAAAAAUUUUGUCAUAGUUAUAAACUUCCGCUCCUAAUCGUCGGCAAUUUAAUACGAAUCAUGUUUAAUAGACUGCAAGAUAAAAACAACAAUGGGCUUCCUAUCGAUGGUUAGAUGUUCGAACCUUGAUAAACUUUAAUCUUAAGCAAAAUCAUGCCUAUAAAUAUCGCACAUUUUUUUCUUGCCAUUAUUGGUAAUCAUCACUUGUCAGGAUGAAGUUAUUGGUAUUUACAGUAUUCGCCUUUUUGGCUGUGGCUAAUGCCCGCAUCAAUUUUGACGAAGUUCGUCCAAUUGAGGAGAAACUUUUGCAAAAUCCUGAAAAAUAUCCAUUGUGGGCUGCUUGGUAUAACGUUCAUGGACGCACAAGCGGAGGCCGUAUUGUUGGAGGAGAAAUCGCCAGAGAAGGCCAAUUUCCCUAUCAAUGUGCUCAAUUUAUUUCAACUUCUGGCGGUACCUUUUUCUGUGGAUGUUCAAUCAUUGGAGAAAAAACUAUUUUAACGGCAGCUCACUGUGUGGAUGAAGCAAAAUCUGUUCAACUUAUUUUAGGUGCACAAAAUAUUCGUCAAAACGAGCCAGAACAGGUUGUUAUUGAUGUGCCAGCAAGCCAAAUUACAGUUCACGAGAACUGGGAUACCCGAAAAAUCCUCAAUGAUGUCGCUGUAAUCAAUCUAGUAGAACCCAUUAAAUUCAAUGAUCGCAUUCAAAAAAUUAACCUUCCUUCAUGGUCGGAAGAGACAAAUCUCUUUGUUGGUGAAGCCUGUACCACAAGUGGCUGGGGCAAGCCAUUCGACAUUUCCACCGGAAUUUCGGACCAAUUACGUUUCGUUCAGACAUCGAUUAUCACAAAUAACGAAUGCGCCAAUGUCUUUGGAAGCACCGUGACGAAAGGAAACAUCUGUGCCACAGGCAAUGGAGGAAAGAGUUCUUGCAAUGGUGAUUCAGGAGGUCCAAUGACCGUCCAAACGAACAACGGAUUGAAACAAGUUGGUGUUGUGUCCUUUGGAGCAGCUGCGGGAUGCGAGCGUGGAUAUCCACAUGCCUACACUCGUAUUACAGAAUUCUUGGUAUGGAUUCAAAACCACUCUGAAAUCGUGAUUGAAGCCUAAAAAGUGUGUGUUUUUAAUGAAAUUGAAAAAAUAAUUUUCAAAUUAUUUAACACGAAUUUUUAUU